UAGAGUGCAGAAGAAAAUGUUUAUUAAUUUCCGAAUCUAUUUACACCUGCUUUGUUUGCAUUCGACAUAGUGUUAUGACUUUUUGCAUUAGGGAAACAAAUGAUUGCCUUUUAAAACAUGCUAAAAUUGUGAUUGCUAGCUAAUUUUCAUCCCUAAAAAUCCACUAAGUCUACCCACUCAAGCGUUAUUUCACGCAACACGGCAAUUUUCUGGUUUUUCGUUUUUAAAACAAGGGAACCAAAGAGUGACGGAAUUGCUAAUGGGGCGACAGCCACCAACGUUAUCGAAAGGAACGCUAGCUGACUGAACGGCCUGCCACCAUGCCACUGGACUGGCCUGUGAGUCAGAACCCGGCUUGUGAUGUGAUGACAUUCCGACCCACUAUGGAAGAGUUCCGGGACUUUGGGAAGUACAUUGCUUACAUUGAGGCUCGAGGGGCUCACCUUGCCGGCUUGGCCAAAGUGAUCCCACCGAAGGAGUGGAAGCCGCGCCGGUCCUACGAGUCCGUCGAGGAGAUGGUGAUCCCGGUGCCCAUCAUGCAGGUGGUGACGGGCCAGUCCGGCCUCUUCACGCAGUACAACAUCCAGAAGAAGGCCAUGACCGUCGGAGAGUACCGCAAACUGGCUAACAGCCCAAAGUACUGCACCCCUCCGCACCAGGGCUUUCUUGACCUUGAGAGGAAGUACUGGAGAAACCUGACCUUUGUGUCGCCCAUCUAUGGGGCCGAUAUCAGUGGCUCUCUGUAUGACCCGGAUGUGGCAGAGUGGAAUAUUGGCCACCUGAACACCGUGCUGGACAUGGUGGAGCAGGAGAGCGGCAUUGUCAUCGAGGGGGUCAACACGCCCUACUUGUACUUUGGUAUGUGGAAGACCACUUUCGCCUGGCACACAGAGGACAUGGACCUCUACAGUAUCAACUACCUGCACUUUGGCGAGCCCAAGUCCUGGUACGCCGUUCCCCCAGAGCACGGCAAAAGGCUGGAAAGGCUGGCCAAAGGUUUCUUCCCUGGAAGUUCUCAGGGCUGUGACGCUUUCCUCAGACACAAGAUGACCCUCAUCUCUCCCUCCACCCUGAAGAAGUACGGCAUCCCCUUCCACAGGGUCACCCAGGAAGCCGGGGAGUUUAUGAUCACGUUUCCCUAUGGCUACCACACCGGCUUCAACCACGGCUUUAAUUGCGCCGAAUCCACCAACUUUGCCACCCUGCGCUGGAUCGACUAUGGCAAGAUGGCCUCUCAGUGCACGUGUCGCAGCGACAUGGUGAAGAUCUCCAUGGACGUGUUUGUGCGGCACCUGCAGCCGCAGCGCUACGAGCUGUGGAAGCAGGGCAAAGACGUGACGAUGCUGGACCACCGCAAGCCCACUGCUGUCACCUCCCCCGAGCUGGAGCUGUGGAAACAGAAGCAGGCCGCUGUCCGGGGCGAGCUACUGCACAGAGCCCUAGAGAAGAGACAGCGGCUACAUCGGCUGAAGGAGGUGGAGAUUAAGGUUUUGGCAGACGAGGGCAUUGAGUUUGAUUUGGUGGAGUACACGCGGCAGGUGGAGGAGCGGAAGGCCCGUAGGCUGCAGAAGAGGGCGGAGCUGACAGAGGCUGAGGAUUAUGACCCCCAGAGACAGCCACAGCACUUUGUGGUUGAGGAACGGAAGAGGAAAAAGAAGAAGCGAUUAGAGAAGGCUGGGGCAGAGAAGGGGAUGCAGAAGAACCAAGCAGCGCUGGGGCCUGGACCCAAGAAGGCUGCCAUUGACAAGGAGGGCCUCUCCUGCUGGCCGGCCUUUCAGCAGUUUGGCGGAGGCAGACGGGUGGAACAGCAGUGCACUGACACAGAGCUGCCAGCAGAGGGCAGACCUGACAAAGAGGCCAACCAGCUGAGGAAGAGGCUAGAGGUGAAGAAGAGCCGCCGUCACCCCAUCAGCAGGCCACCCACAGGCUCCCCGCGUUCCGUCCUCAAGCAGGACAUUUCCAGUGAUGAAGAGCUCUUCACUAUGUUGCCAGGAGAGGGCGCAGAGAAGCAGGAAGCCAAGACAGCAAAGUGCCAUCUGUGGCAGAGCCGGCCGUCCAACUUCCUGGCAGAGUGUCACUUCAACGCCGCCGUGGCGGACAUCGCGCCGUACUGCGCCAUCUGCGCCCUGUUCUCCCCGUACUCAGAGCCUCACAAGGACCCCGCCCUCUCAGCGGACGGCCACGCCCCCCGCUGCGGCAGCCACACCCAACCCCUCGUCCCGGAGACGUGCUUCGGUUUUCGGGGCUGGAGGGCGGAGGGCCCGCACUCUGCCUCCGCCGCUGUGGAGGACAGUGGCGUCACGGAUCCCCUGCGCUGCAGCUCCCAGACUGGGGCUGAUGGAACCAGCGUGCUGCUGUUCUGUUCCACCUGCUGCCUGCAGGUCCACGCCAGCUGUUAUGGCAUCACCCUGGACAGUAUGAGUGAAGCCUGGAUGUGCUCUCGAUGUAUGGCCGGUGCCUGGACAAUGGACUGCUGCCUGUGCAAUUUAAGAGGUGGAGCUCUCAAGGUGACUACAGAUGGAAGGUGGGUACACGUGAUAUGCGCCAUUGCGGUGCCAGAAGCUCGCUUCGUCAACGCCGUCAAGAGGGAACCUGUGGACCUCAGUGCCGUUCCAGCGCAGAGGAAGAGGCUGAAGUGUGUUUACUGUCACAAGAACUCAAAGAAGAUCCGCGGUGCCUGCAUCCAGUGCUCCUAUGACACCUGCUCCACAUCCUUCCAUGUGACCUGCGCGCACAUCGCUGGAGUGCUCAUGAGACCUGCUGAUUGGCCCUAUGUGGUGUCAGUCACCUGCCACAAGCACAAAACAACUGACGUCAAGUCACAACCUGCAUCCAGCGAGCUGUACCUGGGCCAGUUGAUGAUUGGACGGAAGAGUGAUGGAUGGUACAACAGCUGCACCAUCACUGGCAUAGCCACGCAAACCUUCUAUGGGGUCAACUUUGAGGAUGGCUCCUACAGUGACAACAUCUGUCCAGAGAAUGUCUGGUGGCAGGACGGCCAGCAGUCUGGCCCCCCCAAGGUGGGACAGCCUAUUCUGGUGCUGUGUCAGGACUCCAGUGUGUUCAGGGGCUCGUUCAUCAGGACGCGCCUUGAGAAUCUCUACCAGGUGGAAUUUGAGGACAAAUCCCAAAUGACACUGAAACGCAGUGAACUCCACAUGCUGGGGCAAGUACUGCCCAAGAGUAUCAGUUCCCACCUGUCCCUGCCAGACCCAGUUUUCUCAGGAGACGAAUUGCAGGCAGGCAGGCUACCUCAUCUCCUGCCCCUGGCCCCCGAUUCGCCGUUCCCCACGCACUCCGCGGCCUUCCCACCCACUAAUCUCACCACCGCCCUGCCCCACACCUCAGGUCUCGGCCUUUCGACUGCCUGUGUCGCUUCUUCCAUGCCCAGCGGCCUCCCAACCCUAUCCACUCCAGCAGCUGUCCCCCAGAGCUCUGCAUACUCAGAUGGUCACUCCCCGAGCUACCUGUCCUUCGUCGAGUCUAUUCUAGAUAUGCAGUACCCUCAGGAGGGAUGCAACUUGGAUCAGUAAAGUCUUUGCUAUGUGUCUAGAUCGGGGGUGUCCAAUCCUUUCCGAAAAGAGCCGGGUGUGGGUACAGGUUUUCUUUUAGCUCAGCACUACGAUACCCGAUUCUACUUAUCAAGGUCUUAACUGAAGACCACGGUUAGUUAAUCAGUGGUAGAAUCAGGUUUCAUAGUGCUGAGGUAGAAGAAAAACCUGCACCCACUCCAGUCCUUUUCAGAUAAGGUUGGACAACCCUGGUCGACAGCUCUGCUGGAACAGUAUUGGACAACUGCAAUACUAACACCCUGCCAGGUGAGGGCAGACUAUGCUCAAGUUGAGAACAAAGACUUGUUUGCAUGGUUAUUCUUUUCUUUCUCAUUGUUGUUGUCUUCAUAGUUUUGUUGGCUGUUCCAGAAAAAGAGCUAACAGGUGAAUGAUUCUCACCCCCCUACAUCUGCAAGGAUCAAUGUAAUACCUCUCUUUUCUGAGCUAUUACACUCCCUCACAAAACAUACUUCUUUGGAUGUGUUGGUAGCAUUCUGCUAAUGCUGUUCCUCGAAUGUCUAUUUUUGAAAGCAAAGCGGCAAAUAACUCUAGUGGAAAACGCAAAUGUGUGAGAACAGUUCCAAUAAUGCAUUGUUUUUUUGUUUGUUUUUUUUGUCUGAGGGUUGAUGUGGGGUUUGAGAGGUGUAUUUAAAUAUAAUGUUCAAGAAAAAACAUUUCAUGUAAAUAAUUCAGUAUCGCAGGCAUGCCUGUGUCCACAAGAACACUGUGAGUUGUGGAUAAACUGCCUUACCUAGGACAUUUUUUCACAGACUUGAAUUAACGCCCUUCAGGUUGCUGGAAUAACUUCUGGCUGUUUUACAAAAAGUUUUUGUAAAACAUUUUUAUUUAUUUUUGACCUUUUAAAAAGCAUUUGAUUUUCUCUACUUUGUACUUAUGCAGUUUUGUAAAAUGUUACAUAGUAAGUGACUUAAAGUUAAGGACAUUUAGUUAUCACUUAAGGGACAAAUAAGAGAUGUCUUAGAUUCUCUCAGAAGUUCACGUUUAAAAAUAUAUUUGUGAGCCAUAUUUGAAAAGGUGCUACAAAGAACCUGAACUGCAGACAAGGGUGAUAUGAUUAUUGUUACUGGCGGGCACGUACUGCUCUUUUGUGUGAAUUGUGAACCAUGUUUCAAGUGAUAUUUAAAAACAAACGACAGUCUUCUUUCCCGUUCCUAUGUACAGAGGGAGGUUCUUCUUUGAGCUACAUUUACAAGUAUUUUUGUCUUUUGUUGUCACCCUCGCACUCCCACAGGCCCCCCCCCUCCCCCCCAACACGCACACACUCGCAUAAGCUUCAAUUUGCCAUAGCAGUUUGAAUCCACGCAACAGACACAAUGUAGGCUGAACCCCUGUGCCUCCUCAUUCCCCUUCAGGUAGAAGGGAUGCAAGUAUGAUCUCAAUUGCACAUGUCGGGGAUAACUCAAAAUACCUGAGCCAAAAUGGUUUCUUAAUUAUUUAAGAUAUAUAAUUUUGUGUCAGAUUAAUUAGCCUAAGCAUCAGAUUGCAGCCCCGAUGUCAUCAAUGUAUGGUUCAUAUUCAUUUAUGACACCACUGUAACCUACAGAAAGGGCUAAUACAAUGCAAACUAUUGGAUAGGACCCAAAUUUUCCUAGUUUCACAAAUUCUCUGGGAAAUAGCUGGCACUUACUGUUCUGGGCAGAGGGUGGGGGUCAAGGGUGUUUUAAGUGAUGGUAAACAGUGUUUUAGGUAAACAGUUCAUAACACUUCAGACAAUUUUUCAGUUUUUGUGUAUAUUUUAGAUGCUAUUUAUAAGGAUUGAUUCAUUUAAACUCUGCCCAGGUUGACAAGGAUUAAUCUUCUGUUUGGGUUUGAAGUAAUAUUUGUAAGCAUUACCAAGUUAAUGAGCAACCAAAAGUUUAGAAGAAAAUUGUUCUCGUAGUUCUGUAUGUUAUCUGCUGCAGAUUAAAUUUCUAAAUGCUUAAGUGAGAACUAAAA